CAUCUCUCCCUGUUUUCUGGCAGCACCCAACUCAGCUGCAGAGCCAAAGCACGCAGGAUAUGGGUGAAAAAACGACUGAUUCCCCUGUAAGGCUGGACUGAGAGCAGCUCUCAUGCUGAGGGUCUCAUCUGCAGGGAGCCCAGUUGGACUGGAUUUACUGCUAAUCCAGCAUAAGGGAGCGUGCAGAAACAAGCUGCUGGACGUUGCGUUUUUACUUUUUGUUCUAAUUUUUUGAGAGGCCUGUUAGAUGCUGCUUUCUGGCCUCUUUGAGGAUGUGAGGAUGCCAUCUUUGUAGGCACUGUGAGAAAGGAGCUGUUUGUGCUGGACAUUCAUGGCCAAAUGUAGAGUCGUGGUGGCUGAGGAAAAGCAGUUUAAAGGCACAAUGUCGGCCACUCAGGGGAUGAACCACAGCGGCGUCUACAACUACUUCCUCAAUAUGGUGGCCUAUCAGAUAUGCUGCUGCUGUGGGCCGGCUCCCUGCUCGCUCUGCUGUGCCUUCUGUCCUCCGGUCAAGUCCUCCACCAGCACGCGGGCCAUGUACACCCUCUUUCACAUCAUGAGCUGCGCAGUCUCCUGCCUCAUGCUGUCCCGCACUGUCUCUGAGCUCGUCAGGGAAAACGUGCCUUUCUUCAACAUGGUGUGCGACCAGGCGCAUGGUGGGGGCCACUGUGAGAUGCUGGUGGGCUACUCUGCGGUCUACCGAGUCUGCUUUGGCACUUCCUGUUUCUACCUGAUGAUGGCGAUCUUCCUCAUUGAUGUGAAGUCCAGUCAGGACUUCAGAGCACUCAUACACAACGGCUUCUGGUUUCUGAAGUUCAUCACACUGCUGGGAAUGUGCACUGCUGCCUUCUUCAUCCCAACAGAGUCCUUCUUACAUGCUUGGCAUUAUGUUGGUGUGGUGGGAGGAUUUGCCUUCAUCUUGAUCCAACUCAUCCUCAUCACAGCAUUUGCACAUACCUGGAACAAGAACUGGUUGACCGGAGCAGCAGAAAACAAGCGCUGGUACCUGGCGGUGAUGUGUGCCACCCUGUUCUUCUACACCAUCGCCACCAUGGCCUUCACUUUCAUGUACAAGUACUACACCCACCCCAUUGCCUGCCACUUCAACAAGACCCUGCUGUGGAUCAACCUGGGACUGUGCGGGCUCAUGUCUUUCAUUGCUGUCACACCGUGUGUGAAACAGAAACAGCCUCGGUCUGGGCUCCUUCAGGCCUCCAUCAUCAGCUGUUAUGUCAUGUACCUCACGUUCUCAGCGCUGUCCAGCCGCCCACCAGAGAAAGUGGUGUACCAGGGCAUGAACAUGACCGUCUGUUACCCCAGCGUGGGACAAGAUGGCAUCCAGAAAGAAGGCAACGCUGUCGCCAUAAUUGGAGCUGCCAUCAUGUACUGCUGUGUGCUCUUUGCAUGUAAUGAAGCUUCGUACCUGGCAGAGGUGUUUGGCCCAUUUUGGAUGAUCAAAGUUUACCGCUAUGAGUUCCAGAAAGCCACCUGCUGUUUCUGCUGCCCUGAAGAAGAAGAAGCUGAAGAGGAUUUUGUGAUUGAUGAUGAAAACAAAGGCUGUCAGAAGGUUAUUCACAACGAGACGCAGAGAGUGGCGUACAGCUACUUCUUCUUCCAUUUUGUCUUCUUCCUGGCCUCACUGUACGUCAUGAUGACCCUCACUAACUGGUUCAGUUAUGAGUCUGCGGUGCUGGAGACCACUUUCACCCACGGCAGCUGGUCUACCUUCUGGGUGAAGAUGUCGUCCUGCUGGGCCUGUGUGAUCCUCUACCUGUGGCUGCUGCUCGGCCCUCUGUGCAGCUGUCAGAAUGAAUCCAGACCUCGGCGCUCACGUAUCAAACGCCGCUCAGCAUCGUCCCGCCAUGUCACUGUCAGCGUCUGACAAUCAGCAAGCGGCCUGGCAGGAGGGAAGUGGACAUCUUGCAGAGUGGAGAAGAGGUCAGGUGACUAAUAGCCUCCCCAUGGAGCCCUGCAGGAGGAAAGUUUCAGGAAUGGAGGUCACAUGGGUCAGGGGUCAAAGACUCACGGUGUCGUGAGAAGAACCCACAGGUGGUGCCCCUGUUGACGUGUGAAGAACUGGGCACAGCCCUGAUGUCACAGGCUUGACACCUUGAAAAAUACACUACUAGCAAGGACAUGACUGUGGUUUGGAAACACAUUUAAAAUAUGAAUUGCCAAAGGGAUCAGAUGGAGUGAACUCUCACUCUGCAUAUUGGGAAUUGCAGUAAGCACAGUAGGCAUGAAAGAGCAAUAUAAUUAUGAAUUUAUGUUUAAUUGUAGUAUUUUUUAUUUUUGAGUGUCUUUAGAUAUUUAAUAUUAUAAUAUAUAACUUCUUAACAACAGAGAAGAGAGUUUAUGUAUUAGCUAGAUUACUACUGCAGAGGCGCAUGCCCUUAACAUUUAAAGUUUUUCAUAUAUGUAUUAAAGAAAGAAUUUGCCCUAAAACACAGAGCCUUUUAGUCCUCUGAUCUUAGACAAACAAUUGAGGAUUAUGAGCAUGAACAAAUCUUUCAAAAGGUUCAAACAGAGAAACAAGUGGAAGUUCAAACACUACCUAUAAAGCAAGAACUUAUUCUUACUCACACAUUUACAGUUUAAUUCUUACAGUAUCUUUAGAUCUUUUUGUACAUGCAUCCCUCUUUUUUGCAAGCUGUCUGCUUACGAGUGCAAACCAGCAAAAGAGUUUAAUCCCAAUGUAAAAUUUCAGUUGCCACAAAAAUACAAUUAUAUCAUACAACACUACAUUUGAAUAUUUAGCUGCUCAUCUUGCAACCAAAUGAAGAACCUUAAAAUUUAGUUUUAAUAUUUUGUAAAAUAUAAACAUGUCCUAUGCUUAUGGGCAUGCACGUCACCCAAUAAUUAUGAAAAGAAAAAAAAAAGCCCCCAUCAAAUAAAUAACUUGAGAAUGGCUCCACAAAAAAACAAGGCAUUCCCUACAUUUAUACCAGAAAUAAGCAACGUUUCUGUUUCUUCAAUUACUUUUAUCCAUUUUUAAACUAACACAUUUUAAUUUUAUUAAAGCUUUAUUAUGGUUUGGCUUCUUUCACUGACAGGUGCAUGCCAGCUAGGCCAGUAGCUGUUUGCAAGGCAACACCUCGGCUAAUUCAGGCCAGUGAAGUGGACCUGACACCAAGCUAACCGAACUAGCUAGUAUUAGCUGAUAACUUACUCCUUGUCCAACUAUGGGCACUUCUGGAUACUAAACUUGAGUUUCAGAACAGGCAUUCAUGAAGUGUUCAUAGAUUGUAUAUACAAGUUAGCGUCCAUGUCUGAAAAGUGAAGACAGUGCCUCAAAUGUACCUCCUUUUUUUUCCUUUUUUUUUUUUUAGUGGUCAGGCCCAACAUGGAUACAGUAGAAGUGUAUGAGAAAAUGAAUCAGCUAAAAGCUAAUCAGCGCCUUUUCUGUGACCCCAGUAAAAACUUUCUUGUUGUGUGUAUUGACAGAGCGGUUGGUUUAAAGUCUUAAUGAAUGCAACAUGAAGUUUAAAUUAUGGUCCACAUAAGAGUGAAAAAGAGUGGCUAGGCAAGUUGACAGCGGCAAACACACUUACCCUGAGGCUUCACAAUAGGACUUUAUUAACCAGUAGGUUACAUCAGGGUAGCUUCUAUCCCUUGCCACCAGUUGCUAAUGCUAAACUGACUAUAGUUUGUUAAUGCAAGCUACAGCCACUACAGUGGUAAUCUUCUCAUUAAAAUCUUCUCAAAAUGAAUUCAUAUCCCAGAAUGUCAAACUAUUAGCCUCUAAUAAACUUUUGAAUGGUUGUUAAUAUAUAUAUAUAU